GUAUGUAUAAGCAUGAAGAGAAGUCAAGCAACAAGACAAACACUUCAGAUGUCAACCAAACCACAAUGAAAGAUAUUGAUCUCUUAUCUAACUAAAUGAAAGAUGCAAAUGGGAAGAGGAAAAGAACCCCUCAUAAAGAUGAGAAGGACACACGGGUGACACCCAAGAAAACCAAGAGAAGUUUACAGAGGAAUGUUAAAGAGAAACCUGCUAAAGACCCUGAAUUUGAGCCCACCCAAUCAUCAGUAAAAUUCUCAGACAUUGGAGGCUGUGAUGACACUGUGGAACAAGUUUGUAAACUGCUGGUUCACAUGAAGCACCCUGAAGUGUUCCGCACACUUGGGGUGACCCCACCUAGAGGUUUCCUCCUUCAUGGUCCCCCCGGGUGUGGCAAGACCUUACUAGCUCAUGCUAUUGCUGGGGAGUUGGAAAUGCCUUUCAUCAAACUGGCAGCUACAGAAAUUGUGUCAGGAGUGUCUGGUGAAUCAGAAGGGAAAGUCAGAGAGUUAUUUUCACGUGCUGUGGCCCAUUCUCCAUGUGUGUUGUUCCUGGAUGAAAUAGAUUCUAUCACACCCAAAAGAGAAACAGCUUCUAAAGACAUGGAACGAAGAAUUGUUUCACAGCUUUUGACUUGCAUGGAUGACCUGAACAGCAACUCAGAUGCUCAAGUAAUGGUUAUAGGAGCAACUAAUAGGCCUGACUCCCUUGAUCCGGCCCUGCGUCGUGCUGGCCGGUUUGAUCGGGAAAUCUCCAUGGGUAUUCCUGAUGAAAAGGCAAGAGAGAGGAUUUUGAGAGUUCUUUGCCAGAAAUUGAGGCUAGAAGACAAUUUCUGUUUUUCUGUGCUGGCUCGUCUUACUCCAGGAUUUGUUGGAGCAGAUCUCAUGUCCCUCACGAGAGAAGCAGCCUUAAUAGCAGUUAACAGAAUAUUUCAAGAACUUGAAAGGAAUGCUGCAAACAAGUGUGAAACAAAUGAGACGAUGGACACAACUGAGGAACAGAAAGAGUCUCACGGGGAAAACGAGACAAAGGAAUCGUCUGAUACUGUUCCUAGAUCAUUCAGUGUGACUGAGUGGCUUAAAGAGGAAUCACCGCUGACAGAGAAUGAGCUAAAGAAGCUUUGUAUUAACAUGAACGAUUUCAAGGCAGCCUUGUCACAAGUCCAACCAUCAGCGAAAAGGGAAGGGUUUGCUACUAUACCCGGUGUGACAUGGGAAGAUGUCGGAGCACUCAAAGAUGUCAGACAAGAACUUACCAUGGCUAUUCUGGCUCCAGUGAAAUACCCAGGAGAAUUCCAAGCGCUCGGCCUCACUCACCCUCCAGGGAUCCUACUGGCUGGACCACCAGGUUGUGGGAAAACUCUUCUAGCAAAGGCCAUAGCAAAUGAAUCUGGCAUCAAUUUUAUCUCUGUCAAAGGACCAGAACUUCUUAACAUGUAUGUUGGUGAAAGUGAGCGAGCGGUUAGACAAGUGUUCCAAAGAGCUAGGAAUUCUUCACCAUGCGUAAUCUUCUUCGACGAACUCGAUGCACUUUGCCCCAGGAGAUCCGACAGUGCAGAGUCGAGUGUAAACGUACGGGUCGUCAAUCAGCUGCUGACUGAGAUGGAUGGUCUGGAGGCCAGGAAACAAGUAUUUAUCAUGGGGGCUACAAACCGACCAGAUAUCAUCGAUCCUGCUGUGUUGAGACCGGGACGACUCGAUAAAGUUCUAUAUGUUGGUCUACCGAACAUAGACGAUAGAGAAGACAUACUCAGAACACUCACUAAAGAUGGCAAGAAACCAUUGCUUCUUCCCGAUGUUAGUAUCCGAGAUCUUGCACAGGAUGAAAGAUGUGAAGGCCUUUCGGGAGCUGAUCUAGCAGCAUUGGUGCGCGAAGCUUGUAUGGUGGCUCUACGAGAACGAAUCCACGUGCACUCCACCAGUCACGAGUCUAUUGAGGAUCAAUCUUCCCCGGAACAAAGCCCUGUAGGGGUGGGUAAGGAGCAUUUUUUGGCGGCCUUUCAGAAAGUGAAGCCUUCAGUGAGCAAGAAGGAUCAGGCUUUGUACGCAAAAAUGAAGACAUUGUCACCCACUUGACAACUGGUCUUGACAACUGGUCUUGACAACUGGUCUUGACAACUGGUCUUGACAACUUGUCUUGACAACUGGUCUAAAAGCACCGAUAAGAAGACGAAGGGUCAGACUUUGAGAUAACCAAUAAUUUAAUAUGAUAUAAUGCUCAAUAGUGUAUUAAAAGUUACUUAAGAUUGAUAAAGAUUACUCGAAAACUUCUCAGGUGUGAAGCCACUUUUAUGCCAGCAAGUUUCCCUUUGGAUGUUUUUCCCUUUUAAAUUUUAGAGAAAAGAAUUUGAUUUGACUUUUUCCAAAGUCGCCUCGUCUUAAAACUGACAUAACUUUUUUCGAACAAGGACAUUUUUCGCAGAAAUAUUUGCCGUGUUUUUCUUUACCAGUGUACUUGAAAAGGCCUACAUGCCAAGGUAGAGGUCGCUUGAAUUUGUCAAAUAGAUUCCUUAGGUGCGUUCCAUAAGUUGCCCUCACCAGUCGUCUGAGGUAAAAGUUAAGCGUAGCUCCAUCUUUCUGUACACACACCAAAUUGCCCACUUAUACUCUAAUUACCCUGAAAUAAUCAUAAAUCGUUUGUGACUAAUCUUAAUAAACACAAACAAAACAUCAAGAGCGGGCAUCUCGUUUAUUGAUGCAGAAUACAGCGAGCGUUAUAUCACCUUAAAGAAAAUACAACAGUGUAUAGACAAUAAAGGAAAUUUAAAAGAGA